AUGAGUGUUGUCGUCAGUAGACCGGAUAGCCCUGCUGUGCCGUACGCCAUCCCGCAGGAUUGUAAAGAUUGGACGGUGACCGUUCAGCCGGUAUCGUCGCGAACUUCCUCCGUCUCCUCCUACAGGUCUAAUUAUACUACCUCGACCGCGCCAACCUCCAACCCGCCCACAUCCCCAACUCCUUCCUCUCGUCAAAGUGAUUCCGUCGGGUCGAUCGCGAAGACGAUUGAGCCCGUUCAAAGACGAGUACCCCAUGAGGUAUACGAUGUCAUCAUCGAUAAUCUCGAAAACCUACACACAGCCUCUCAUCAGACAGGUUGCACAACAUGCUUUCAGCGUGACCUGCAUGCCUUGUCCUUGACCUGCAGGUCAUGGGAAAAGGCUGUUCGCGCACGACUAUACACCAAAAUUCACAUCGUUGGCAAUGACUCACCCGCCCAAUUGAAGAAAUAUCGCCUUAAAAGAGGCAGCCGCUUGAAGCUGUUGAGACGCACCCUGCGUGAACGGAAGUCGCUGGCAAAUCAGGUUCACGAAUUACGCGUUCCCCAGAUGGACCUGCUCUUCACAACAACAAAGCAAAGUUCCCAAUGGCAAGAGUAUCGCGAUCUGGUCGCGUCGGUCGUCAUGGUUUGUCCGAACCUAGAGCGCUUGCUCGGCUUGACGAUCCCUUAUCACCAUGAGUUUGACCGUUUAACGCACGCCUUGUCUACACGCAAGAAGUUGAAGGAGCAUAUCUGGGUAUUGGGUGAAGCGGCUGAAGUAACUGAAAUGUCUCCGCGGGGUGACUCCUGCCCUGGCAGCUUGGGCCCCUCCCAGAUGUUCGAGUUCUUAGAUUACCAUGUUUCGUGGUCGAAUUUGGAGACCUUGAUGCUCUAUGGAUUGAAUGGAAAUGGUGCACUAGAACCCAGUCUCUUUCUGCGCAUGUUCGAUCUCCUUCCAUCUUUGAAGAAUCUUUGCAUCUCUUCCUUCAACGAGGACGCUUUCGCCGAUAGCACAUUGUUGUGUUUGCCUGCGCUAGAAUCCUUGCGAUUGGAGAGCCUGCCUGGAGUCACUGAGGGCGGUCUGACCCAAUAUACAUCUCGCCCUGAAUCCCUUUCUCUCAAGUCGUUUGUCUUGGUGGAGCAGAACAUCGAGUCUCUGCUCGUUAUCUCCAAGAUCCUCUCCUCACUCACGCAGCUCGAGCGCUUCAAGUUUGUACAAACUGCGAAAUGCCCCAUUAUGCCUAACGAAGGUAUGGUGUUCCAGCCAAUCUUGGCUUCCUCGACCUUGAAAUACCUACACUGGGAUGUGGCUUGUCCAGAUCCCGGCACAGCCCUCACUCAACUUGACUGCCUUCCUUUCCAAAGUCUUACCAAAGAGUCGGACACCCCGAACUCUCACCUCGCGCAGAGCAUUCUGUCUGCCGGCUUCCCAAACCUCGAAACCCUUCGUGCGCCGAAUGAUGUGGAACCUCCCGGUAUUCUGCAGGCCGUCUGUCGACCCAUAACUAAAGGCCAAGCUCUGUUACGACCGGACCGAUACAGUCUACCUCGCAGCUCCCAUGGAUCUGUCAAUACUCGGCCACUAGCUUUGCCUGCAGGAAACAAUCUGACGAGCUCCCGAAUUCGUGCACAGACGUUCAUUGACAUGGCCAUCAAAGACCCUGAAGCUGGCCUGCAGGUAUUGAUCCAAGAUUUCUCUGACAAAUUUGUACCGGACAAUGCACUAGCAGCACAAUUCGAGGACGAUCCGGAACCGGAAAUGGACGACUACGGCAUCUGGGCUGCUGCCGAGCGAUAUAAAAACCGAUCAUCCGACCCUGAUGAUGAGGACGAAGGGCCCAAGACGGUCUACCAGUUCCGAAUGCCAGCCUACAUGGGCCGAAUCGGCAUGAAAGACCCUCUGACGGGUGCAUCUAUUCCUCACUUCCUAUUACGUCCUGAUAUCCCUGGUCAGGAAUCAGAAGGUGGUUUAAUUGGAUGGAAGCAGCUGCUUGCAUCUAACCAAUCAUUAUCAUAUGCUGCUGGCAUGGGUGUUCAUUGUUUCGACAGUCGCAGCACAGUGCCUCUGCCUUUGCCCGUGGAGGAAUUGACAUCUCCCUCAUCAACCACUACCUCGCGAUUCGGAUGGGGAAGCUUGAGUGGCCGGUCAACGGGCACCCCUGCAACUCCUACAACUCCUACCACCAUGAGCAGUGGAUUCAACUCUGCCCUACCUUGGGAAAAGGAUUCUUGCACUGGAUCCUGGAACCACAAGACGGGCAGGGAAUGGUGGUUCCACAUGGAACGCGAUCGGCCGGGAAAUUCCGAGCUCAUCAACGCCCUUCAACUCUUUUAA